CACAUCAGCUUGAUUGUUGAUGUCUCGAAGGGAGAGGGUUGCGAUGUUUUGGAGUUCGUGUGCUCGGCAUGGCCGGAUUCCCUGGAGAUUCAGAAAAUUUUCAUGCUUAGACGUGGUGGAAUGCCGGCAAGGCCUUAUGUUGGACCUGAUUUUAAGGAUUUGGACGAUGAGCUUCAGAAUGCUUACCACGAAUUCCUUGAGGAGAGGGGGUUAAACGAUGAGCUUGCUGUUUUCUUGCAUGAGUAUAUGGUGAACAAAGAUAAAACUGAGUUAGUGCGAUGGCUGGGAAACAUAAAAUCUUUUAUUGAGAAGUAGUGAGACUUGAUGGCUGGAAUGUCAAAUCUGUUAUUGAGAAAAAGUGAGAUUUGUUUAUCAAUGCUCCUCUUCUAUCCUCUUUUUGCACCCUUGCCUUCUAUUUUUGAUAUAAAUUUUUUAAAGGAAGUUAACUGCUAUACUUUGUGUGCAAAUCUUACUCUGUACCAGAUGAUUUUUGUGUCUAUGCAUGUAGGCACAUGCACAUGUUGGAUCGUACAUAUAUAGAAAUGAAUUAAUUAUUGAAUGACAA